UAAAUUCUGUACCAAGAAGCGAUUACAAUGAAAAGACAAUAGACAAACACAAAAGACUGCAGGUCUUUCGCAUAAUUAAAUCAAGAUUUAAGUAUUUAUCUUUUGCAUAAAGUGACAAAAUAAUUUGGUUAAAUAAAAGAAAAUGAACAACGUGAAAUACCGAUAGGCUAUACAGUGCAAAAGAAAACACAACAUAUCACAUAUUUAUAAAAAAGAAGAGAAGAGAGCACAAAAUAAUAAGAAAAGUGUCUCGUGCAAAGUGAAGAAAAGAUCAAUACGAAAGAAAAAAACAUGUCUUCCAAAAACGAAUUAAAGAAAUUACUGUCGGAAGAGAGUCUUGCCCGUCCGCCGGAAGAGGUGUUUGAUAUUUUAUUUAAAUUGGGCGAAGGUUCAUAUGGGUCCGUAUUCAAAGCGAUACACAAAGAGAGCGGUGUUGUGGUUGCCAUAAAAUUAGUGCCGGUCGAAUCGGAUCUACAUGAAAUUAUUAAGGAAAUUUCAAUCAUGCAACAAUGCGAUUCACCGUAUGUGGUUCGAUAUUAUGGCAGCUAUUUUAAACAAUGUGAUUUAUGGAUUUGCAUGGAAUAUUGUGGGGCGGGCAGUGUAUCGGACAUAAUGCGGUUGAGAAAAAAGACUUUGUCGGAAGAUGAAAUUGCAACGAUUUUAAGUGAUACACUUAAGGGUUUAGAGUAUUUACAUCGACGACGUAAAAUUCAUCGUGAUAUUAAGGCUGGUAAUAUACUAUUAAAUUCGGAGGGUCAUGCUAAAUUGGCGGAUUUCGGUGUGGCCGGUCAAUUGACCGAUACAAUGGCCAAACGGAAUACAGUCAUUGGCACACCAUUUUGGAUGGCACCCGAAGUUAUUGAAGAAGUUGGCUACGAUUGUGUUGCUGAUAUUUGGUCAUUAGGUAUAACGGCAUUGGAAAUGGCCGAAGGUAAACCACCUUAUGGUGAUAUUCAUCCAAUGCGUGCAAUUUUUAUGAUUCCACAAAAACCGCCGCCAUCAUUUCGAGAACCGGAUCGUUGGUCAACCGAAUUCAUUGACUUUGUAUCGCUUUGUUUGGUUAAAAAUCCAGAAGAUCGUGCCACAGCCAGUGAUCUAUUGAAACAUGAAUUCAUCAAGAAUGCAAAGCCACGCAGCAUUUUAAACGAUAUGGUGGUUGAGGUGCACAACGUUCGUGAAACAAUGAGUCGUAUGGCUCCAACGACUAUCAAUGCACAAGGUCGACCGAAUCAAACGAACGCCGACGAAACCGACGAUGACGAUCAACAAAAUUCGCACACAAUUAAGGAAUUUCCACCGGACACAGGCACUUUGGUGCCUGAUCGUAACACGAACGAUGGAACAAUGAUUGCGCACACCGACUGUGGCACACUUGUACCGGACAGCGGUACAAUGGUGGAAUUGUCCUCAAAUUUAGGCACAAUGGUCAUCAAUUCAGAUUCGGAGGACUCAACAAUGAAGAAACAUGAUACCGAUCCCGAUAAAGAAAAGUAUCGACCACAAUUCUUGGAUCAUUUUGAUCGCAAGAAAACCGAGGCUAUAAACAAAAUGGUUGCCGAUGUUGCAAUGAUGCCAGCCUCAGCAUCGCCAAUUGAAUCCGAGGCCAUACAACAUGCCGUUGCUGCUGCACAAGCCCAACCACAUGCCGGUUAUGUUCAACAUCAACCACAAAUCGUACAAGAUGUACGAGUGCAUCAACAACAAUAUAUACCUGGUCCAAGUCAUAUUCAAAUACAUCAACAGCAACCACAAUUGUAUCCAGCACUCCCAAUGCAAAUGGGAGUUUUACCACAUUUGGUACAUCACGAUGGCAUUGAUAACAAUGCAAUUAUGCAUCAGCCACAUAUUUCAACGAAACAACACAUUGAUAUCGCACUGAACUCAGACUUUAUCAAAUUUCUCAGUUUUGACGAUUUGCAACAGCGAUUGAACAACAUCGACGUUGAAAUGGAACGCGAGAUUGAAGAGCUCAAUCGGAAAUAUACGUCAAAGCGUCAGCCUAUUUUGGAUGCCAUGGAUGCCAAACGGAAACGCCAACAAAACUUGAACAAUAAUUUGAUCAAGAUUUAAACAUUAUUGAUUUAUAUCAGUGACCAGAUUGUGGCUACAGCUUUGGCAGUGCCAUUUUCGCAGUGCUAUUUUUUUAAGUCUAUUGUUCUACAAUUUGAACAUUUCGUUUGGAAUUGUACCAUAAAGUCGCUGUCCUAUGGGUUAUUCACAAAUAACGCCUAUGAAUUAAACGCUGCGAAAAUAGCACUGCUAUAGAUGUAACACAAUCUUUUCACUGAUACGUGAAGUUUUUGUUUUUUUUCUGUUUGUAUGUUGCCAAGUGAAGGGAGAUAAUUUCGAUUUCUCACACGCAUGUUUUUCUUUAAAUAGAGAUUUAGAAUGAAACGAAAAGAACACAAUUGUAAUGGCUAAGAUUAAUAGAAUAAAGAAACAUAUUUUCAAAGAAAAAAGAA